GAUAUUAACAGUUCCUAAAACCCCAGAUAGCGUACAGAAUUAUCAGGAUUAAAAUUCAUAAAAAAAUAGUACGCAGAAGAAUAUAGGGCAAAACGUCUAGUUCUGAGAAUGUUUUCAAUCUACAGCGUAUUACUUGUGCAAAUAUGCACUUGCCUCAUAACAACAAGUUCCGAAAGCACUAGUGCUAUUUAUCACAACACAGACGCACACGAUUUUUUGAGGGCAGCAUGGCGUCUAUAUGAUAAGGACUUUCUAUACGAUGAAAAUGUUGACACAAGCCCUUCUGAAAUGAAGGGUUGGUGGCUUGAUGGGAUUAGGCAUGAAAAUGAGGAUGAGGUGCCACUACAUAAAGAGAAAAAUGAAGACUUCGAAGAAAACCCUAUCACAUUAAGGGAUUUAAUUGGUGGUUCUAGACAUGAAAAUGAGGAUGAGGUGCCACUACAAGAAAAGGAAAAUGAAGAUUUUAAAGGAAGCCCUAUCUCAUUGAGGAAUUGGAUUGGUGGUUCUAGGCAUGCAAAUGUGGAUGAGGUGCCACUACAAGAAAAGGAAAAUGAAGAUAUUGAACAAAGGCCUAUCACAUUCAGGGAUUUAAUUGACGGUUCUAUGCAUGAAAAUGAAGAUGAGGUGCCAUUUCAUGAAAAGGAAAAUGAAUAUUUCAAAGAAAACCCUAUCACAUUGAGGGAUUUGAUUGGUGGUCCUAAGCAUGAAAAUGAGGAUGAAGUGCCACUACGCAAAGAGAAAAAUGAUUUUAAAGAAAGCACUAUCACAUUCAGUGAUUUAUUUGGUAGCACUUGGCAUGAAAAUGAGGAUGAGGUGCCUAUACACAAAGAGAAAAAUGAAGAUUUUAAAGAAAGCCCCAUUCCAUUCAGUGAUUUAUUUGGUGGUACUUGGCAUGAAAAUGAGGAUGAUAUGCCACUACAUAAAGUCGAAAAAGAAGAUUUUAAAGACAUCCAUACCAAAUUGAGUGAUUUACUUGGUGUUACUUGGCAUGAAAAUGCGCAUGAGGUGCCACCACAAAAAGAGGAAAAUGAAGAUUUUGAAAAAGAAUUAAUCGCUAUAAUGGAUUUGUUGGGUAAAACUUGGCAUGCAGUUGAGGAACCUAAAACAAGAAAGGACUCGAAGGAAGAAUUUCCAGACAUAAAUUUUGGUGAUUUGUAUGGUGAAACUACACAUGAUGAUAAUGAAACAAUAAAUAGAAAAAGGGAAGAAAAUUUUGAAGAUAUUGCCAAAUUAUGCAGUUUAUUUUUAGAUGAAAUUAUUGCUGAAAUUGCGGAAUUAGAGCAAAUUUUUGAAGAAAGUAGUAAUAUUGAUAUUUGGAAUGCUAAACCUUCAUUUGACAACACAGAUCAUUUUUCUAGUGAGGAUGGUGGAAUUUUGAUAUUGAUUCCCGGAACAAUGCAUGAAACAUCAUUGGAAAGCACAACUGAAUCGUCUGCAGAGGAUGUAGAAAUAGAAAAACAUUCUACAGAAGAAAAAGAAAACCCUAAAGAACCUGAAAUAGUUGAAACUUCACUGGAAAGCACAACUGAAUAUUCUACAGAGUAUGAAGACAAAGAAAACCAUCCUAAAGGAGAAAACGAAUACACAGAGGAACCCGAAAUAGUUGAAACAUCAUUGGAAAGCACAACUGAAUAUUCUACAGAGUAUGAAGGCAAAGAAAACCAUCCUAAAGGAGAAACCGAAUACACAGAGGAACCCGAAAUAGUUGAAUCAUCAUUUGAAAGCACAACUGAACCUUCUACUGAGUAUGUAGACAUAGAAAUGCGUCCUAAAGAAGAAAAAGAAUACCCGGAAAUAGUCGAGAGUCAGGAAACAUACUACCCUGAAUUUCAUAAUUACAUCCCAAAUUAUGGGGGGAUCGAUAGAUACUCAUACAAAACAAAAGGCGAUGGAAAUUAUUUAUCUGAAUCCCAGGUCCAUAUAUAUCCCGAAUAUAUUAAUUUGAUCCCUGGUGGCUACAAAUUGGAAGAGAAAAAGCUGGAUAAAGUAAAGAGAGAGGCACCAAUCACGAAUGACCAAGAUGGUUUUCUCGCCGACCAACCAAUAGCAGUGGAGGAGCACAUAGAAAAAAAGAAGACCGGCAAUGUAGAAUUUGGAAGAGGCAAUUCUGACAGAUCUCAAUUGAUCGGAAAAUUCCUGACAGAACUGGAUAAAGAAACAGGCGGAGGACAGACAAAAUACAACGUAGGACCUUCAUUUUCUCAUCCUGUUACUACAACUGAAAAAUCAUUUUGGAAAAAGCUAUUCGAUCUCCUUUAAAGCUAACAUUUGCAAAAGCUAAACUGUAAAUUUUAAAUUUAUUUUUAAGUGAUACUCACCUCAGGUAAAUUUCUAAAAUAGGAAAUAAACAAUUUCUGUUGACAAAGAUCUGAAACAAAAAUUAUAAGUCAAAUAAUUAUCUGUCUCCUUAAAAUAAUAAAUAAAAUUUAAAAUGUGCAUUACAAAUCAUCCAUUUCUUUCAAUAAGGAUUUUAUUUUCUUAGUAAUUAAAAUGAUCUGUUCAAUCAAACCUAGUAAUAAUAAUGUGUACAAAUACAUUAAAAACAAACAUACUAAAACAUAAAAUAAUACUUGUAAUACUAUAUGUAAUACAUAUUUUUAGAUAUUUAUCGGUAAUAAUAUAUAACAAUAUUUUCAUUAUUUAGAAUUUUUUUGAUGAUUUCAAUUUGUUUCCCAAUUGUUCUCGUUUUGCUUUUGAUUAUUGGUGUAAAUUUGUUGUUAAUAGAAACAAAGGAUGUUUUUGUCUAUUUCAUUCUUUAUAGUGUGAAUGUGAUCAUAACUUACCAUGACAUUACAUUUUAUUUAAAUAUUAAAAAAAUGUUAACCAAACCAAAACUGUCCAUAAAAAUGAAUGUACAUGUCUUGAAUAGAACUUUCUGAUCAAAUAUGCUUCUCUCUCUUUUUCUUUUUUUUUUUUCAAAAUAACAAUUUAAAGUAUUUCAUCCAUAAACUUUUGAAUCAAACUACUGAAUUGAAUCUUUAUCUUUCUUCUUAUUUUAAAUUUAUAUUUCUUCUGUUCAUAUGUAUUUCAUUUUUCCUUUUUUUUUUAGUGAUAUACUUUCAUAUUAUAUGGUUUUUGUAAUUACUCAUCAAUAAAAAUUUUGAAAAUAUUUA